AUGUGGCUACCACGUGCUCAAAACAUCAUGAAAAAGUUUUACGGGAGAUCUUUGGGGCUACGAACGCUAUGCGAAACAAGGUGGAACUCUAUGCAAGGAUGCUUGGCAUCUUUGCUUCGCGUUCAAUCAGCUCUGCAAACGCUGUACCGCCAAUACAAAACCAAUAGUGACUUUCCAACAGAAGCCGUUAUCGCGCCAAUAUCUUACGCAUCGUUUCGUCUUCAGCGAGAUGAGAAUACCCUGGGAGAUGUCGUGCAAUCAUUUCGGGAAAUUUAUGAGGGUUUCCAGCAACAUCUUGUCCGUCGUAACAAACUAGUUGAGUGCGUUGAGCAUCGUUGGGCGCAGUGUGAGCAGCCCCUGUUUAUGCUUGGCUUUGCACUACAUCCAGUGUACGCCGAGAUCGCUAGAGAGUUACCUGAGACCGCUGUAUCGGGAACCGGCACGUUGUGCAAGAUUGCUGUUUACUAUUUCCGGCGACUGUUUGCUACUGAGGAUAUUUGCGAGAUACGUCGUGAUAUGCUGGCCUGGAUGAAAGGUCGCUUUACCCGAACGAAGCCUAGCGAGUUUCCCAAUGUACCAUGGGAGUACUGGGAGGUUCUCUCUAUUGCACGCAAUCGUAUGGCUCCAACUUAA